AUGCCUGUUUCGUCCAUCACCCCCGGCGCCGCUCCCGAGGGCUUGCACGGUACAAGUGUGGCAAAUGAUACCUGCCAGCACAGCAGGCUUAAGGCGGCUGAACCGGACCGGGAAGCUGCUGGAGUGAACGGUCUGCCCUUUGCUGAUGUGCUUGCUACCACUGGUGGCACUCUGGAGGCGCAGGCCGUCACCAAAAGCCUUCUCACCCCUUGGGAGGCUCAGCAGCUGCUUGCUGCUGCUUCUGCUGCUGCUUCUACUGCUGCUUCUGCUGCUGCUGCUGGGACGAACGGGCCCCAUCAUCGCACUGCUGGUGCCGCCGAGUGCACGAAUGCAGAAAGCUUGCUCAUCGGUGGGUGCGACGACUUCACAUCCCUGCUGCUCAUGGACCCUUUCAGCCUCGUUGACUCGCUAUCGCUGCCCUAUCCCUUCACCUCCUUGGACUCCUUGCCUCCGGCCGCCAACGCGCUGAGAGGAGACUCCCCGAGAGGGGAUCAGCCGACAGGGAUAUUCUCAACGGCUGCGCAAGCAGCAGCUUAUGGCGGAGAGGGAUCAGGAGGAGCUCUUGCAGGUGCUGCUGGGGAGGGACCAUCGGGAGGGCAGAACGGAGAUGCGGAGGUGGGAGAGGGGCUGCCUCAGGCGAGCUUGGACUUCAUGGCACAGGAGGAGCUGUUUCAAGCGCUGCUGCUAGAGGAGGCACCAGAGAGCGCUGCAAGGAGGCUGUUGAGUGCAACGUGCGGUGCGGUGAUGCCUGCAGAUCAGCCUGGUGAAAUAUCUGAAUCCGUCUGGAGAUCCAACGGUCCACAGCAGCCUGGCGUUCCGUGA